UUAGUCAACAAAAUGGCCGCCAUCAUAAACAAUAAUAGACAGUAAAACUUGGAUUAACGUCAUGAUUACUGCUUCUAUAGAAGUAGUAGAACAAUGAUCACAAUAUCAUAGUUUUAACGUAUCGAGAAAACAUAUUUUUAUUGGCGGAAAAAGGCCACAUUCGAACAUAGUCGAAAUCUUAAUAUCAGUCUGUCUUCUGUUCUGUUCGAUGAGAAGCCUUAUAAAUUAGAAUACUUUUUAACCCUUCCAGGAUUGUAGUUAUGAAAAAUGAGCGAAAAAACUCCUGGACAUAGUAAAGCAACUCCGAUUAAACCUUCGGACUUAAAAAGGCACGUCAUUUUCCUCGACGUGCAAGGAUAUUCGAAUUCUUCCAAUUUAGAAAAGUAUCUAACGCAACUUGGUGCCAAAAUCGACAAAUUUUUGUCAAAAGAUGUCACAUGCGUCGUUACAAAUCGCAAGGAAACGAAAUCUGAUACUAGCCUCGCCGGCGAAGAUGGAAUUUACAUGUCAAGAUCGCAAAUUAUGCUCAACAAAUCGAAAGAAGUGAAUAAAAACGCUAAAUCAAUGAAUCCUGUCGAACGAGCUAAAAAACUAGGAAUUCGAAUAUGUAAAUUAUCAGAAAUUUUGAAGUUGAUAAAUUCUACUGGUUUAAACAAACGUUCGUCGUCUUCGGAAUCUGUUCGCUUUCAACACCUAACCGAUUGCUUCAUAAAAAUCGAUGAUAGCAACAGCGGAUUAAAGCCUGUGUACCAAAAAUUGUCUAGUAUGCCGACGGUAGAGUUAACACGUUCCGGAUCUCCAUUCUUAACAACGGAAGAUGAAAAGGAGGAGAAAGGAAGUGAUAAAAAAUCGGAAGUAUCGAAAGAAACUAAGACGUUAUCAAAAGAUAGUAUUUCGGCCGCUUCUACUAAAUCUAAACCAACAAAAAAAGAGAGAAAAGCCUCUAAGAAGAAGGAGAACACUUAUUGCGAAUGUUGUAACACUGUAUUUACUAAUUUAGAGGAGCAUUUAAAAUCCAAUGUUCACAAGGCCUACUUAAAUUCGAAAUCAAAUUUCACUAAUUUGGAAGAGACGCUCCGGGAGAUACCGACUGUGGAUAGACUUGUUGAAGAAUCUCAGAAUAAGCGCGUCAAAACAAAAGGUGCUAUGAAAUUUAUGCAAAAUCCUCAAAUUCUAGCCGAGCUAAACGACGUCAGUGAGAAACCGGAGGAGAAACAGUCGAAAAGAAAUAGUAUUGUCGUGACGGAAAAGAAUGGAGAAUUAUUUAGCUCUGAGAUACGUGCUACCGUUAUAAAAUGCUCACCCGCUAAAGAGGGGAAAUCUCCGACUCGUGCAUUUAAGGAGCAUGAUAAGCGUUCAUCGUCUUGUGAAUCCAGAAAGCAGAAGGAAAGGAAACAUCAAAAAUCUGAUUUGAACUCAUCUAGGCAAAAAGAGAAAAGAGAAGAUAAUAAGGUUAAAGAACGAAAGAAAUCCGAGAGAUCACAAGGUGGAAAGGAAAAAUCUAGUCAGGAAAGUGAAACUGAUAGAAAAAGUAAUCAAAAGGCUCAAAACGUUCUUCGUCGGGUAAUAGAUGACGACUCACUAAUUUCUGCCAUUUUAAACGAGAAGGCUUCUGAAAAUUGUUCUAUAUGGCGUAGACCAACUACCAAGGUCAAUUACAAAUCGCCUGAUAAUUUUGAUUGGCCGGAUAAGGCAGAGAAGAAGCCUAAGAAAAGUCCUGCGAAUGAUUCCAAAUCUAAGAAGAGGAGUAAGAGCUCAAAGGAUACUGAUAAGAAAGACAAAAUUCAGCGUUCAACUCCACCUUUCGACAAAACUGCAGAUAAUUCAAAGUCUUCAUCAAAGUCUGGCGGAUCUAAGAAAGGCAAAAUAGGCACCGAUAAUGAUGAUGAAGUAAUUAGUUUUAAAAAGAAAUCGAAAUCAAAAUUGGAUACGUCGUCAGAGGUCGAAAAAAGUCCGAAAAAGAAGCCCAAGCCAAAAAGAAUUCGAAUAACUUCUAGUAGCAGUAGUUCCGAGGCAGAAAAUAAUGAAGAAGAAAAAGUUCCGGAGAAAACUGCUGAAAUAAAAAUCCCUUUCUGUUGGGAUGAUUUCAACUCCAGUGAAAGCGAUGAUUCAGACUCAGAUUGGUCAGAAGCUGAGAAAAAGAAAUCUAAAGCUAAGAAAAAAUCAAAACGUCAUCCCCCAGCAUCAAAGAAAGAUAAAACUGCUCUUAUUUCAUCACCGCGGAGUAAAAGAGAUAAUAGUGAGGCUGAUGCUUUCCUUCGCCGUAAGGAACUAAUGGCUAAUCAACCAAAAAAGAAGUCCAAGGGGAAAAAUUUAGCUAAUUAUGAAAAGUAUGUUAAGAAAGUAGAAGAAGAGGAAAAGAAUUCAAAGAAGAAAAAAGAACCUGCAAAAACGGAAGUUUCUCUUCCAACUCCCAUGAAAAAUUGUAGCUUACAGUUUGACUCUUCUGACGAUGAAACACCAAAAAUCGACAUGAAUACUCUAUUAAACUUCGAUAAAGAUUCAUCUCCAUCAAAUUCACCUGACUUUUUAGAUCAAUCUCCCCUUAUACCUGAUGAUGCCUAUUUAAAUGAUGUCUUGAAUCAUCUGGGUUCAAUUGAAGAUAAUAAUGAAACACCUUCAGAGACACCUAUAAGCAGUGUUCCUCCAGCAACGCCAUCGUCACAAAGGGUUCCCCAGCAGACUCCAAAUUACGUACCGUCUACUCCAGCCGAGUGCGAUCAGCCUAUGUCUGUCGAGACCUUUUGUGCUCCAUCUGUCUACGCAUCCCAGACUCCUGAUUAUGCGGCAACACCUUAUUCCGUGCCACCUGGCUCAGUCGCCCAGCCUCCAUCGAUCCCAAUGCAAGAUCCAAUGACUCCUUGCCCUAUUGUCACCAAAAGUCAUGUGACAAAUGCCGACUUUGAGGAGACACUAGAAAUGAUUGAUGACUUUCAGAGAAAGGAAAAUGUCACUGCUUUAACAGUUGAACAGCAAGAGAUUUUGAAUUCAUCUUUGAAUUUUUUGAAUGAGCCUUUAGAUGGGGCAGGUCAAAUAGCUAACAAUGAACAAGAGUUUCAUGAUCUGGAAUUGGUUCUUGAGGGCCUAUCUCAUAGUAACGCUCCCCCAACAACUUCUUUAAGGGAAGAGUCUAUCGAAAAAAUACUAUGUUUAAAUGAACAGAAAAAAGAAGUUGUUGAAGAACCAAAACAAACAUCUGAAACUUUACAUUCUGAAUCAACUGAUAUUUCUGACGACGAGCACGAGUUCAAUUUGGCUAGCGAACAUAAUCGUCGCUCGUCGCAACUUGCUAGUCCAUCUUCAUCUUCCAUUGACGAACUGAAACAAGAUGUAGAGGUAACAGAGAAAACAGAAGUAAAUGAAUUAAAAGAAGUAUCUGAAUUAAAGGAAGUAAAUGAGUUAAAGGAAUUAAAUGAAAUUAGGAAAGAUAGGGAAUUCAAGGACGUUAGUGAUAUAAAAGAGACAGAGAAAGCGGAAGAAACACCUGUGAAAUUUGAACAAAGUGAAAAAGAACAAUCAAAUGCACCCGUUAUUGAUUUGGCAAAAGUUGCUGAGGAAGUCGGAAUCAGUGAAUCAAUUGAUGAAGGACAUGCUGAAGCUCAAAGGCCCAUUGAAACGCCAUCAUCUGCCUUUCCCAUGCAAGAAGUUUUGAACAUGGCUCCAAUUCAUCAACAAUCUGCUUUUGAACCUCCACCACCUCAUCCUCCAGUUCAGUUUUUUCCAAUGCAACCUGGAUCUAACUUACAUCCAUUACCUCAGAACUUUUUGGCAAAUCAAUCACUUAUACAGCCGAAUUUUAAUUACAAGCUGAAUUUAAUAUCAAAACCAACUGAUUUGGUUAAUCAGAUUCAGCGACCUCCGCCGACAGUUACUACUGCUUCAAUUCCUACUUCUGCUGUAACGCCCCUUAGUGAACAAUUACCUGUUGCCCAUUCAUUAUCUCAUCAUAGUCAUCCCCUACCGCACUACGAUCUUCGACCCACUUUGCCUUUAAAGCAAGCACCCUUCGACUCAAUGAAGAUGGAUUUAAACGCUCAUAUGAUGCAGCAAUCUACAGUCGUCCAGAAUCUUAUGAGACAACAAAGUGUUACGCCACAGCCACCAAAAAAGGCCGCUGCAGCUGUAGAGAAGAAGCGAUUAGCGGCCGAGAAACUGAAAAACGCAGAAGAUAACUCUGGGGACAGCAGCAAGUAUUCAACUAUAGACGAAGGAAUUUGUCAGCAGUUAGACUUAGGUGUUUUUGGCAACGAAAGUAUAAACAUCCAAAAAGAACCAGAGAGACCCAUAAGUCCUAUGAAAUUACCUAUGGAAUCUCCAAAAUCAAGAACUCCCCUUGCAGGUCCCAUCUACUCGCCAGUCACUCCUGCCGAACCUUCCCCGAAACCUCUCCCUAAAUCCUCCACUGAUUCUCCUGCAAACAAAUCAGACGAAAAGUUAGAAACACAAAUCGAAACACAGAAGAAUAUUAUACAAGAAACAACCAAAGAAAGGGAAAUAUCCUCUCCACCUCCCCGUCCACCCUCCCCUCCCCCUCCCGAGCCCUCUAUCCCCAAGACCCUCUCAGUCCCCAUUGCAGUUCCUAAAACCAUACCCUCAGUAGAUCCAUCACCUUCACAGAAUGUUCCUUCAGUAGCUACCUCGACAGUUGUUGCUGAAAUUGAGCAUAAAUUAGACGUAACAAACCCUUCGAAGAAAGGUGGUUUAGAUAGCAUUAUAUCUAAAAUUGAAGCCACAAAUGUGAAACGUAAAGAAACACCAUCAACUCCAAAAGCUGAGUCAAAAAUUAUCGCCGAUAAUAACCUACCGUCUAGUCACAAGCGAAAGGCAUCCACACCUCAACGCCGAAAGAGCUGUCACGAAACGCUCUCAGGAAGCCAAUUUACAUUUCCUAAAUACUUUAUUCCUCCUUCGCCAGAGCCACCGCCCAAGCCAUCCGCUUCAAGCGAAAUAUGUAAGCCCUUAAAGAAACGGCAUUUACAAUUGGCUGAAUAUUUUGAACAAACGGAAACGAAGGAAGAUACAGUUGAAAAAGAAAAACCACAAGUGAAAAUUGAAAGGCGUCAAACGCGAUCAUCUACGAGAUUGCAAACGGAAGCCGUUAAAGAAAAAGAGAAGUCGAAGCCGAAAGUUUCUGAAAAGCCUACAUGUAGUAAAAAGAAGGAAAAAGAAGAGAGGCCAAAGCCUCAGUCUGUUAAAAAAAUUCCUCCCAACCUCACUGAAUCGUCAAACGAUGAUGUUCUAGUCAAGGUUACGGUAGCGUCAGCAAAUAAACUUAAGAUAAAGCGGUUUGUGAAGAAACCGAAAAACUCUCUUUCAACCAAUGAAUCCUCCUCACCGACCAAGCCUAAUAAGGCGGAACAAAAGGAGGAUAUUUACGAUUUUGAUAAGCAAUCCGACGUUAUCGAAACAAUUGCUGUAAAAGGUCAGCAGACUCCGCAGCCGAAUCCGCUACCAAUUCCACAAUUGAAUCCCCAGACGCUUGUCAUGCCUAAACUUAAAAUAAAACGUAUUAACUCUGAUACGCCUGAAGGUAGUACGGAUGAUUAUGAAAUUGAGAAAAAUGAUGGUGAAGUUUCAGAAAAAGUAGAAAAGAUGGCUGGUAAAAGAAAACGCCAUAAAGAACAUAAAAAGAAGAAAAAACGUCGAAAGUCAGCGGAAUCACAGUCUAUUUUAGAAACAACUGAGGGUAUUAAAUUGACUAUUAAAACUGUAAAGCCGCCAAAUGACUUAAAAGAACCUACGGUGGAAAAUAACGCCGGAAGUGGUAUAAAAUUAAAAAUUAAGCUGCCAAAAAACGGGGAACAUUCGGGGAGUGAGGGGGUAGAACGAAGAUCGAAAAAACAUCGUAAACGAAGGCCCUUCGAAGAUGACGACGACCAAACGUCCAUCGAGAAGAAGCAUAAAUUAGAUUAUAUCCGCUCUAUACUUUGACAAGAAAAAUAGGAAAAAAGACGCCGACAGAGUACUAACACAGUAUUUUUUUAGAAGAUGGGAAAAGAAGAAUAGUUUUGUAUUCGAGAUCCUGGUGAGGAAUAAGGGGAAAAUAGUCGCUCCUUUUUCCUUUUAUUUUAUUUUUCUUCUGUGUGUACGUCUGACCGUUUACAGUCGCUUUAGCUGCUAUUUUCGUUCAUUAGUUAUUGUUAUUCUAAAAAGAGGAAUAAAUUCUUCGUAUAGAGAUGUAAAUAAACGUAAAAAGUUCCAUAUGCUGAAAACAAACAAAUACAUCAAUAUUUAAUAAAUACAAAUUUUAUGAAAGAAACUUUCUCAUUCUGACUAUUAGUCGAAAAUUAUCGAUCUGUCUAAAGCCUCU